AUGAAGUUCUUCAACGUCAUCAACGGCCAGCGCCGUGGCAGCGAUAACCAUCACCAAUGUACAGAUCCCCGUACGGAGGAACAGCUAUGGGAUGCUCCUCUUGCCACGACGCAGGACCUUGAGGAAGCCGUCGAGGCGGCCCAAAAGGCCCUCAAGACUUGGUCCAAGACCCCGAUCGAAGAGAGGGCCAACUACUUGCGCAAAAUUGUGGAGAUUUAUACUACCCGCAAGGAUGAGCUGAAAGAAAUCGUCAUGAGAGAAACAGGGAAAUCGAGUCUGAUGGCCGACAUUGAGAUUACAAAUACCUGCAAUCAAACUGCUUACUACUCAAACGUUUACCUUGAAGAUAAAGUCACUUUCGAGGACGACAACAUCAAGAUCGUCGCCACUCACCAGCCACUGGGCAUCGUGGGGGCUAUAUGUCCUUGGAACUUCCCCCUCAUCCUAUCGAACAUCAAAGUGGCAUCUUCACUCAUCACUGGCAACUGCAUCAUCGUCAAGCCUUCGCCCUUUACCCCGUACUCCGUCAUGAAGUCCAUCGAGCUCCUCAUCGACGUCUUCCCCCCUGGUGUCGUACAGGUGGUCAACGGCGGCGUCGACCUCGGUAUCGCCAUGACCCUACAUCCGGGUAUCGCUAAGAUCAGCUUCACAGGAACAAUCGCCACGGGAAAGAACGUCAUGGCGAGCUGCGCAAAGACCCUCAAGCGGUUGACCUUGGAACUCGCGGGCAACGACGCGGCAAUCGUCACCGACGACAUUGACAUUGACAAGGUGGCAGGACAGGUCGCCACCGGUUGUUUCUUCAAUGCAGGUCAGAUGUGCGUUGCGACGAAGCGAGUCUACGUUCACGAUUCGAUAUAUGAAAGGUUCUUGGAGGCCUUCAAGAGCGCGGUUGCCGAGAAAUACGUCAUCACAAAAGACGCACACGCGCCCAGCUUAUUCGGCCCCGUCUCGAAUAAGAUGCAAUAUGACGUUGUCAAGGAUAUCUAUGACCAUUACAAGAAGAAUGGUUUCAAUAUGAUUGCGGCGGAGCAUCCUCAGGACUCAAAGGGCUUCUGGAUACCCCCAACCAUCGUUACAAGGCCUCCUGAUGACUCUAUCUUGGUCAAGGAGGAACAAUUCGGUCCGAUAGUCCCCAUUCUCUCCUGGUCAGAGGAGGACGAGCUCUUCCAGCGGGUCAACCUGAGCAACGCCGGGCUCGGGGCAUCAGUAUACUGCCGUGACGUAGGCCGGGCCGAGAGCCUCGCCCGGAAGGUAGAGGCGGGGACAGUCGCCAUCAACGUCUCCGAGAUACCGCACCACGGGGGCUACUUCUCCGGCAUGAAGGACAGCGGUCACGGGGGCGAGAUGGGCAAACACGGUCUUCACUCGUACUGCUACACGCAAAGUCUGCAGUUUGGAAAGAGUUGA